CGAACAAACAAACGGUCACCUGGAAACGCACUUACUCAACGCGUCUUUUGAUUGGUAUUGUUGUUUACCUUUGAAUUUUAUACAGUUUAUAGCGAUCCUGCCAACUCAUCAAUGGCAACAUUUUUGUGAUUUGAAAUAUUUGCGCCCGCGAGUCUGUUUAACCUGUCAAUUUAUCGAAGUUUUGAACGAAAGUAACAAAGAGUGGCCGAGCCCCCUUUCACACACGGCCUCCAUGUUGUUUUAAUUGUGAACAGAAAAGGAACACCACAGUCUUGCGCAGUACUCGUGCUAUCGUUGCCUUUUUAUUUUGGACUAUAUCGUAAGACAUCAACAUGCCAGCGAACGGAAAGGAUGCAGAUGAUAGUUCUGAUGGCAAGUUUAAAGCAAAAAACAAAAAAACUCUAACACAGAGGGAGCUAUCUAAUUUAGCACCACAAGAAAGAAGCAAAUACUUAGCGUAUGAAGAACCUCCUAAACAUGUUGCUGAAGCCAUGGCAAAGACAAAAACUAGAUUGCUUGAGAUGAAGAAAGAACAGAAACAAUCAUUGAAGCCAAGGCCAAUAGAAGAAGAAUUGGAUAAAGAAAAACAUAGUAAACUGAUUGGACAGUUGAAAGCUGCUGAGGCCCGCAAUAGGCUACGUGUUAUGAGACUCAGAUAUAAUGCAAAUAGAGCAGAAGAAAUAAAGCAUUUGAUAGCAUGCCAGCCAACGUCAUUGAAAGCAGUUAGGUUGCAAGCAUUGGUACCACCUUAUCCAGAAAAUAGCAAAUCAGGGGAUAACUUAGACUCUAUGCAGAGAGAACGAGUGGAAAACAUUUUAGAGGAUGAGAAAGGUCUUACAAUCUGCAGAGAUCUGUCAUGA